CAUAAGGAGCCCGGCUGACCAGGCGAGACGCCGGCUUUUCAGAAGUAGAGCUCCCGACCCCGCGUCAUAACGUAGUCUUAGUGGCACGCUCCCGAUCGGAAACUGACUUUUUCUCAACGCACCCCCGGAUAAUAACUCAAUCGCAUAAUCAUGCUCGAGAAACAAGCUAUACGAUUGGCCAGCAGGGUCCCAUCUGUGUUCCACUCACUGCGAUAUUCAUCCAUAGGUCUUCCCCAAGAGAAAGUUGAACCGAGUUUUAUUCCGACCGAUUCAAAUCUCCACCGUAUUGAACCAAUGAGCAAACACCCCAUGGAACUCUUCAAAGCAUGGUACGGAGAUCACGUUCAGCUCAACCCUAACAACCUGAUGGCGAACGUUCUAUCUCUCUCAACAGCUACCAAGUCUGGACGCGUAAGCAAUAGGACUCUCAUUCUCAGACGACUGGAUGAGGACGGGUUCGUCAUUAUGACGGACGGUAGAAGCAAAAAGUCAGCAGAGUUGGCUGAAAACCCGUUUGCGGCGAUGUCAUUUUUAUGGUUGUGCAUGAAAGGACAAGCGUGUCUUUCCAGACAGGUGAGGAUUGAAGGGAAAGUGGAAGCGCUGGAUGAGUCCAACUGGAUUGACAUCUACGAGAAGGAACCGUUGUUCUGCAAAAUUCGAGCUCACAUUUGUAACCAGGGCCGAGAAGUGGAGUGGAGAGAUCUGAAAAAUCACCACGACCAGCUCUUGAAGGAGGUCGAAGAAGGCAAUAGAGAAUUGGAAAAACCUGCUCACGUAGUCGCCUACAAGCUCCACCCAGACAUGAUAGAGUUCUACGAGUCGUUCGGUCUGACGAUCGGCGACCGACUCCUCUACCGGAAACAGGACGAUAAUUCGUGGAGAGUGUCCCGUAUCGCCGCCUGAAUCCAUCGACCCACCUAGCAAAGGAGCUCAUCCUACACCGAAGCGUCGUCGACGAAGGCCCAAACGUCCGUCGACAACCGAAACCUUCGCCAACGAUCCACCUAUUCGUCGACGAUCCCACUAUUCUCUCGUGCCAAAUCCACGUUCGCUGUAGCCAGCAAUGUCGAACAGCGGCGAGGCGUGAAUGAUCGAUUAUCGAUGUUUCCUCAUUUGAAGCUACGGCAAACAAUCGAUUAUUAAGGUGUUCGUUGCGAACACCCUGUUUAUCGAUCCUUUUCCAUAGGUUUAAAUGGGGAAACAUCGAUAAUCGAAGCACGCCACGCUACUGAUGUCGAAUAACCUAGAGAGUGGGGUGAGAUCGUCGUCUCCCAAACAGAAGAACGUAACUCAAUGCCACGGUUGCAACAUCGACUUAAAAGCUAAUAAUUUUACAAGAACAUACAAAAGCAGUUUUGUGCCCAAAAUAUUUCUGGUUUCGUCGUUUUCCAGACGAGUUAGGUAACCCCGUUCCAGGGUUGUAAAAUUUACUUAAAAAUUAAAUUUUUUACAAGAAUGCACCUCUUACAUUUUGUUGUUUUGAAAAAUUUACUAAUUUUUGCAUAGAAUUAGAAGAAAAAUCAGUGAAAUCCUCAAUUAGAAAUUCCCCAAAUUCUCCCUGUGUAAUUGCAGUUUGUAUUGGGAACUUCGGAAACGUUGCAAUGAAGUUGGGUUUUUUUCUUGAGGAAAACGACGAUUUUUGAAUGAGAUCUGGAGAAAAAUCUGUGAAAUUUCCAAUCAGAAAUGUCCAAGAUUCUCCUGGUAAAAAUUCAAUUUGCGAAGAGAGAUUUGGCAAAAUUGUAAUAUAGUUGCUUUCUUCUGUGAAGGAAAUUACGAAUUCUGCGAAUAAUUGAUUUUACGUUGAUUUUUCGCUAACCUGUAAAAAGUGCCAUCGAAUAAACGAUUGAGUCGAACUGAAAAAA